AUGUUCGAAGACGUCCUAGAAUCGAUUACAGACUUCUUUGACACAGUGGACCGCAAAUUCACGAAACUAUUUUCAGAACAAUGGCCACCAAUCAGGUCGAGCAGGCCGACUACACAUGUCACCUAUGUUACAUAUACAAGACGCCAUACCUACCAUGAGAGUGUGCAAACUACAACGCACAGGUCUAGCUAUGCAGCAACGACGACGCUUCGAACUCGAACUAUGCCAGCGUCGCCCGCGAGGAAAUCAUGGGCACCCGGGACGCAAUCCCCACGAACGUUAUCUGUAGAUGUAAAUAGACCUAAACCAACUGUGCGAAAGUCUGGCACGACGAGCCAGCAGAAGGAGAAACCUCAAACUCGCGCGGCCCUUGCAACAGGUAUCACGCGUCCGACUUCAACACCUACCGUAAUUGAGAAUAGCAGAAGCAAACAAACAAAGCAGACCCUCGGGAAAUCGACCACUGUACAGUCUGCCCGCCCGCAACGCAUCAAGCUUGACGACAUUCAGCCUGAUUUAGCUCAAUGCGACGUGCUCGUCAUCGCAAUUGCAGAAAUGGAGAUAUGCAAAGAAGUGUUUGCAGGCUGGCGAGCUCAAUUAAACCUAGCAGAUCCAAGGAAACGUGAUAAGCUUGAACUUUCUAUCGUUCGAACAGUGGAUAAAUUAGACAUCGGCGCCUCUGCUGCCUUGCGUGCCUCGCACAGUCUUCUUCGAAAUUAUCGAACUCUUAUACAAACCAUCGAACGCAGUCUCAACAACAUAUCCCAAUCGAGGAUAGGUGGGAAUCUCUUCUCCGCAGAGGUCUCGCAACUCGCGAACACAAUAACCGCUCAUUCAAGAGCCUUGUCAAGAUACGUCCGGCAGUUGCAAGAUCGGCUUCGACAACUCGUGAGGGAUAUCGAAAAGACGAAGGAAAGCGCGGAUAAACGUGCGUUGAAGAGGAAGAUCUGGAAAUGGGUCUCAGUAGCCUUCAAAGCACUAUCUGUGUUGUUGUCCGCGGGAGCUAUUGCUGGUGCUUCAAUGUUGUCCGGUGCAGCAGCACGACUUUGCGAUCUUGUACAAGAUAGAUAUAAUGAAUCAACGUUCGACGAGAUUCUGGCGUUCUUACGGGACCACAUCCCCGAAUCAGCGAAGGCAGCGGAGAUCGCACUAACGUCGUUCCAAGCAUGUCACCGAAUUUUGCAAGUCGAGCUUGAGGUACGGAAGGGUAGGCAGUCUGGCUGGCUGAUGCUAGGCAAUGACUCUGGUUGGAUCUAUAUAUAUUGUUUCUUGUUUAGUAGGGAUACAUGA